GUUAGUACAACUUGGCCGACCGGUGGCACAGCAAUGUGGACCGCAACAAACGUGACAAAAAUGAAACCAAAGAUAUCGUUGAAGUCGCUGCUGCUUCUCUUAUCAGCAAUUACGGAGGCGAGCUCUGGCAAGUACCGCAACAACGAUGAUAGAGGAAUAAUCUAUGACUAUGCCAACAGUUCCAGCCUCAUGCCGGGAAACAUCACAAGUGCGGUGGACAAGGAGUGCCAUGACUUCAACCAGAUAGCGAGAUGGAUCAACCUCCAGGUGGUGCUGAACGGGAAGGUAACGCGGUUCAAUCAGCGUCUGGGCAAACUGCUAGUCGGCCUCAACAACACGGCCCCGGUGGAGCACUGCUGCUUCUACGAGAAGACCACGAUGAAGAAGAUCGUGGACUAUUUGAACAGCGUGGCCAAAGACCAAGCUAGCUCGACGGAGGUGAAGGUAAACCCCCUCAAGCUGGUCGGGGAGUUGGGCCAGGACCUGGACAACAUUCUGGGCCAGAUGGGAAAGCUCAUUAACCAGGACAUAAAGAGCUGUUGUGACCAGCUGGCUGAGGGCCUCAAGAAACAGAAAGCGGAUCUGGGGAAAAACUUUGAGGAGCUUCGGAGGAAGCUGGACAAAGCUAAUGGAGAGCAAGGCAAGGCGGCGGAGGAGCUGAAGAAAAAGCAAGCAGACCUGGAGGAGCAACUGGCGGGUUUACGGGAGCAGAUGGAAAAGAUUGAGGAGAAAUUAAGAAAGAGCGGAGAAGGUGUCAGCAACAAAUGUUGCGCGGAACUCGGUGAGAAGCUCCAGGAUUUAGAGGGCCAAGCGAAGAAGGACAAGACUGAAGCUAUCGACAAGGCCAAGGAGAUUGACAAAAAGCUAGAGGAUCUCACAGAAGGACAAAAGGAUCAGGACGACAGACUGAAGGACAUCCAGAAGAAAAUGGACGACAGACUGAAGGAUAUAGCGAGCGCCAUUGACAUGUGCAAAGAGAACUGCGGCAAUGGAUCAAACGCUGGCACUUCCGACUUGGAAACGAGAGUUGAAGCCCUAAGGAAAUUAGUCGAGGAUCUUUCCAAAAGGAUUGCUGAUCUGAGUCCUUCGGAAGGGUCUUCCGGCAUUAAAGAGAAAAUCAAAUCUUGUCAAGAGAUUGGAAAACUGCUAGCCACCAUAGAAACUAUGCUUCAGCAGGCUAUUAAAGGACAGAAUCCAGCGGGAGAAUCAGCCGAUAGCAGUAAAAAUGGGCUAAAAAAGGGAAACAAUCUCGAAAAGCAGGUGAAAGACCUGCAGAUACAAGUAGACAGGUCCAGGCACUGCUGUAAGUUCCUCGAUGGUAUCGGGAAUGAUGCGGAUAACCUAAGCAGUAAUGUCAAAAAAACAAAUAAAACAUAUACCGAUCACAUUAGCGAUUUGGAAAAGCAAACGGGGGACCUCAAAAAAAGGGUGGAUGAAGCUCUGGAAAAGAUAAAGGCGCUUGGAUCCCAAAAAGUCUCUGACAAUGGCAGUGGCAAUGAUGACCUGCUCACGGAUCUGGACAGACUCCAACAGAAUCUGGACAACUCCACGAAAGAUAUCGAAAAUCUUCAGACUCAGCUGGAUAAUAUGAUGGCUCACAUUGCGGUGCUAACGAAAACCAUCAAGGAUAGGUUCGCCAUGACAGAAGAUCUCAACAGCCGGCUGCUUCGCUUGGAGGAAGCUGUCGAAGACCUGAGGAAGGAUAUUGAUAAGACGCUGAAGGUAGUCCAGCGCAUUAAGGACCUGGAGAAACUCCUCGAUGAUGCGUUGGAAAGGCAAAAAAAACUGGAGAUCCAGGUGAAGAGUUGCCUUACCAAGUGCAAGGCCAUGGACUCGAUAGAUGAUCUCAUUGAUCGCAUUGAGGAUCUGGAGAGGGAGAUCAAGCCCCAAGAAACAACCACAGAGAAGCAGCCACGGAGUACGACGCGAGCCACAACGAGGGUAGAGGCCUGGGUGGGCGGGAUCGACGUGGUGACCCCAUUCGUUCAGCCAAAUUAAAUGUUCGUAUUAAACUUUGACAGCUAAUCCGGCGGUGUUUUUAUACUUUUAGAAAUCGAAACUGAACCCCACUUUGAGUAUUUA